GUUCAAAAUAUAGAGGAAUUUCUGGCGAUGUGCAUACUCGUGGAACACUUAAAUGCAUCCUGCAUCCAUCUUGUGGUAGAUGAUGUUAAAAAUAUGCGCACCCUGAUGAUGCUGAAGUACCUACAUUCUGGUCCGAUGAAGAUGGAUAUAGCUCUGGCUGGAGGUUGAAAAUAAACAUGGCUGUGGCUGGUACUAGACUAAUACAUUCGAUUCCUUCUAAGUCCAAUUUUCCGAUGCACGAAAAUUCGUUCGAGUUGGAGAGAAAUUCAAUUUUGCUAUACAUUUGGCAUAAAUUCAUUCAACCAAUUAUGUUAAAAUACUGGAAUCCAUGGGAGAAGAAGGACGAACAAGGAAAUGUUAUUAAAGCAGCUCCAGAAUUUCCAUUCCAAUGCAAAGGAGGUGUUUGUCCAUUUCCUGGUGCAUCUAAAAAAGCAGUAACUGAAUCGGAAGGUUCCACAGCAAAUGAUAGCUCAACAGCAGCUUCAACAUCACAAUCAUCAUCUUCAUCAGCUGCUGCUGUGUCAACAGAUGACUCAAAAAAAGAAAAUUAAAUUAGAAUAAAUCAUGUUUAUAGAUGAUUCCUUUAUAAAAAUUAAUAGAUAAUAAGUUAGUUAUUAUUACAAAAAAUUGUAUAAGCGUAAUUUAGAAUAAUAUUAUUUCUAUUACUCAUGUUUUUGUGUGUAAAUUUUAAGAAUGCGUAAGAAAAGACGAAGGUCACUGAGACCAAAAAUCAGAAAAUUAAAAUUUUAAUUGUGUGGGCAUAGAAUACUAAACUAA